ACGUUUGAAAUAAGACGCAACGAUCGUGCAUUAAACAAAUUGAAUACUUAAUAGUGAUCAUAAUUACACAUAUUUAAUAAUAAUUAUAAAUAAUAAAAAAUUAAUUUUGCAUAAAAAUUACUAUAAAUAAAAUAUGAGAUUUAGAAAAAAGUUGACCUUGUGAAAAUUUACAAUUAAAAAAAAAAGGAAACAAAAUGCAUGAUAUAAAAUAUCAACCAUUAAAAAAUAAUGAUGAGGAUCCCUCAAUAACAGAUUCAAAUUUUGAUACGUAUAGAAGUGUUUCUAAUGAAUUUAAAAAAUAUUGGUUGUUAAAAGUUUUACUUAUAUGUUUUAUAAUUGUUAAAGCAAUUUAUGUGAUAAAUAAUUUUGAAACUAUUAUAAAUUGGCUACAGAAUCACAAUCGUACAGAUAUUAAUUAUAAUGAAACCGAUAUAUUUGAAAAUGUCACCAAUAUAUAUGAAGAGGAUUCUUUAGCAGCAACAACAAUACUCUAUGAUUUCGUAAACAAAACUAUAGUUGAGGAAAAUCAUUAUUUGGCAACCACUAGUAGUAGUAAUAUUACUAAUAAUACUACUUUUAUUACUACUACUGAUACCACUUAUACUAAUAAUGCUACAGCUGCUAGUAAUAAUUAUUAUGAAAUUACGACAAAGAAAUUAUAUAAAGAUGAAAAAACAAUGGAGAAUAAUAAUGAUAUUCAAACUAAUGAUUAUAAUAAUGUGGAUUCAACAACAUUAAAAUUAGAAACAAAUUUUAAAGAUGAUGCAAAAACAACGACAACAACAUCAAUUAAUUUAAAUAGUAAUAACAAUAAUAUAGCUACAAUAGAAAACCUAACAACAACAACAACUGCAAUGUAUUUAAAUAAUACAAUAAUUACCUCAACAUUAUUACAAACUACAGAAAUAGUUACUGGUCCACCAAUAUCUAGAAUCACUACUACGACAACAACAUCAAAGCCGAUGACGCCACCACCACUUAAAAUACCUGAUGUAAAACCUUCUUCCCCAACAAAUGAGCUAAAAAAAUAUUUCAUUAACACCAGCCACUGUCAUAUACCCUAUGUAGAUCCAUUCACAUCUGAUGUUCGCAAGAUAUUUAAACCUCAACAUAGUACGGGUUGCACCAAAGAUCAGCCCAUUAUAAGGGCUUCCUUUAAUGAGCUCGAUUACCAAUAUCAUUUACAUAUUAACUAUACAAUAGCUGAAGAAUUACGAAAAGAUACUAAUAAAUCGAAUCCUAUAGAAGAGGAUGUUUUGUGCUGCUAUCAAGAAAUACUACGUAGCGGAAGUGGUUCAAAUGUUGAUGCUAGUUUUAAAUUACUGCCAUGUACAAAUUUCCAUCAAGAUUUUGUGGUUCCAUUGCAUAUUAACGGUAUUAUUGUUAAUUGUAAAUCGAAAUCUAAAAAAUCCACUUUACAGGAAGAUGCAUUUUCCUUUAUACAAGUGAAUAAAACCAUAAUCCAACAGGAAUCUAAAAAUGUUACAGUUCAACGUCGAAAACCAAGUAUAUUAAUGAUUGGUAUAGAUACUUUAUCGCGCAUAAAUUUUCGACGAAAUAUGCCGGAAAUGUUAAAGUAUCUUGUUAAAAAUAAUUGGUAUGAACUGUUGGGUUAUAAUAAGGUUGGCGACAAUACAUUACCCAAUUUGAUGCCAAUGUUAGCAGGUUAUACUAGAAACACUGUCAACGACAAAUGUAAUCCCAGAUAUGUUGUGGGUGGUUUUGAUAACUGCAAUUUCAUAUGGACCACAUUUAAAAAACAUGGUUAUCAUACGGGUUACGCCGAAGAUGCUACUACUAUUACAACAUUUAAUUACAAACUGAAAGGUUUUAAAAAUCCACCAACCGACUAUUACUUUCGUCCCAUAGCGCUGGCCAUUGAAAAAUCGAUGAAGAAAAAAACCAAGGCUGGAUUAAAUUAUUGCGUUGGACGUAGACAAUAUGGAGAGUAUGUCUAUGAUUAUGGCACGGAAUUUGUAAAACGCUAUAAGAAUCUAACGAGCUUUGGAUUUUUCUGGACUAACUCAUUUAGUCAUAACUCCUAUGAUGUCUCAGCCACUAUGGAUAACACUAUGGUCAAGUAUUUUAAAGAGUGGGAAAAGCAGGGAAUAUUUGACAAUUCGGUGGUAAUGUUCUUCAGUGAUCAUGGUGUUAGAUGGGGUCCAUUAUUAAAAUUAUCGCAAAGUUUUCUGGAAGAACGUUUACCAAUGUUUUUCAUAUCUUUGCCAAAAUGGUUCCGACAAGAAUAUCCUAAACUCGUAAGAAAUUUAGAAAUCAAUCAAAAGCGUUUAGUUAAUCCAUUUGACAUAAAUAUGACCCUGCAGCAUUUGCUGAAAUUGGGAGAACCCACCUAUGAAAUGCAGCAAACUUUUGAUUGUCCCAAAUGUCAAAGUAUAUUUGAGGAGAUACCAGAAAAUCGUACUUGUGAAGAUGCCAGCAUACCAGAAACAUGGUGUACUUGCAAACCUUUUAGGGCAGAAUCUACAAAAAAUGAAGAGGUUAAGACGGUGGCAAAACUGAUUAUAGAGGAAAUGAAUCGUUAUUAUGAACUCAAAAAUAUAACAUCUUUAUGCAGUCCAUUGCAAUUAAAAGAAAUAACAAAUGCCAAAGUAAGCGAUGCAGAUGAAUCUUCUCAAUACAUAACCACUUAUGUAAUUGAUUUUGCAACGGAUCCCAAAACCGAACCAAAGACACUAUUUAGUGCCACCCUGGAUUAUAAUAGACAAAACAAAAGUAUUAUACUAAAUGUUGAUGACAUUAGUAGACAAAGUCUUUAUGAAAAAACCGCCAAAUGUAUAGAUGAUAAACAGGCUAAAAAAUAUUGCAUCUGCAAGAACUCUUUAAAAUUGCCAAAAUAAUUAACUAAAACAAUUAAGGAAAUCAAACAAAGUACAAA